AUGCGAAUCUCAAGAAAGGCCAUAUCACAUUUUGUAGUGGGAUUGUUGAAUAAACAAACCUAUCGACGAAAUUACAUCGAGGAAGCAAGAGAGUCCUCGAAACAACUUUUCUUCGUAUAUAUACUAAACCUUACCGCGUUGGAUGACAAAGCGUACCGGCUUGCCUAUGGGACAAGCGGUCAGCAGGUGGUGCAGCUGGCUAUGAGUGAAAUCGGUAACCCUGAAGGCGCCCACUUCGAGGAGGCGGUCGCUAGUUUGCAGAUGCACGAUCCUCUGGCCCGCAGGCGUAUAGCUGGUCGCGGUGGGUCCCACCUGAUAUGA